GUACAGCGACGGAUCAAAAGAAGGCCAUGGAAGGCUGCUCAAGCCUUGCUUACGGCGGCCCAACGGUCGCAGCCCAGCUGCACGUGAUCGGAUGGCUCAGCCUCAAGAACUCGUUAAGCGGCGACCGCCAUUCUAAGUACUGUAGGAAACUUCUCCCUAAAUGCUAACACUAUUCACGAUGGAUCCUUUGAGCAUCACUGCGGCCGUCGUGGGUAUUGCGGCGCCGACAGCGCACUGUGUACGUCUUCUCAUUGAGGACAUCCAGAAGAUCGUCGACGCGCCCGAAACCCUCGAUUCGCUCAAGGAAGAUCUGCUCUCUGUGGAGCAGGCCCUUGCUUCACUCCGAACCGUGUCCGAUGCGCAAUGGAAGUCACUUGGUGAGACUGUGGUCAACCAGUCGAAAGCUACGACUACCGUAUGUGGAAAGUCAUGCGACAGGUUCAGGGCCGAUCUCAGUCGCUGGACCCGGCAUAGCGAGGAUGGGAAACUCUCUUUGCGGGAUCGCGCAAUGGUUGGCUUCUUCAAACAGGGCUGCGUAAAGUCCAUGUCAGAGCAGCUCCAGCACUGCAAGAUCACUCUCUCUUCUGUUGUCUGUAUCGCAACUUUCUCUCUUCAACAGACUCGAGUAACCGAGGAGAUGAUGACGACAAUCUCGCAGAAGGAGGCCGAGAUCGCAGAGUCCAUUACAGCGUCAGACAAGCAGCUGGCCGAGGUGAAUGCCAAGCUCGGAGUACUGUGCCUCGCCAAAACCGAGCAUGACGAGACGGAAGCCGACCGAGCCAGUGCGAUUAGCCAGGUAGCAGUCGAGCAGACUGUCUUGAGCGAGUCCCGCAAACUGCUCGCCGAACUGCUCUCCGGUAUCCACACCGCAGCUGCGAAUGCCCGGAAAAACCAGGCUCGGGUAGUCAACAAGUUCGGAAGCCAGAAUGAAGGCAUGCAGAUCGGAGUCUUCAAUGGGACGAUGAGUUGUAUUACAUUUGGGAAGAAAUAACUGGCGGAUCGAUGUUGCUUCUGCAUGACAUGUAUUUUUCUAUGGCUGAUGCCAG